AUAGAUAGUCAGUGCACCUCCUCGCGCCCCACCGGCCGUGGGUUGUCUCGAGCGCUACUGAGGAAGAAGACGCUGAAGCACCAGAGGAGAGAGAGAGAGAGAGAGAGAGAGAGAGAGAGAGAGAGAGAGAGAGAGAGGACCACGAGUCGCUCUCCCUCUUCCUCCACUUCUUCUCCACCUAGUUUCUGGAGUAGUGGAGGCGGCAGAGCCACAGUCCAGCAGCUUCUUUUCAUCAGCAAGGUGAGGAAGAGGAGGAGGAGGAGGAGGAGGAGAGAGGAAGAGGAGACAGAGAGACAGAGAGACAGACAGACAGACAGACAGACAGACAGCAGCAGCGGCAGCAGUAUCUUGGCGCAUUGGAGCUUAUGGAUUAUUGAGAAGUGGACGCCGAAACGCGGAUCAAAUAUUCAUAAGGACUUUUUAAAGAGAAAAGCACAGAGUGGGAUAGUGCACAGAUUCCCUGCAGUGAUUCACCUGCCCGGUCCAGCGCUGACCGGAGACCGGAGAACCGGCGCUGCUGCUGGGAAAGAUAGGAUUCUGCAUCUAGCGUGUGUGUGUGAGUGUGUCUGAGUGAGUGUGUGUGUGUUUGGAAAGGAGCCCCCCUGCUGCAGUACUUGCCUGCUGUAGCCUUCGGGUACAGGGAUGCCACCGACUUUCUGACAGACACCCGGUAUCCGCACCCCUCCCCUCCUCCUCCCCUCCCGGGCGGACGGACGCACCGACCCCUGCGAUCCCCACUAAUAUGCAAUGGUUUUUUGUGCAGAAGCCGACAGCUGCCGCGUACCGCCGACUUCACGCUAGCGCCGCCGCAUGCCUGUCCGCCGCUGCCGCUCCUCUCCCCGCGCCGCGCGGCAGACGACGCCAUUUGAAGAGGAGCGCUCGGGAGCUUUUGACGCCGCGGCGGCCGGGCGGCAGCAGCAGCGAGCCAUCCUCCGCCGCUGAGGACCACCGGCCGCUGGGGCAGCCGGAGGCGGAGACCGCGGAGAAAAGCGCCGCAGCGGUUGCUCUUUUCCUGCCGCACGGGGACGACGUCGACGCGGAAUACGUGCGGCUGCUGGUCUCUGGGCUUCUGGAGGAAGCGGGCGAGAAACCGGGCGACGAGCCGGGCUUCCUGCUCUUAUUCUUGUCUAUGGUGCAGAUUGGAGGGCCGAAGCACCGCCGAACUGAGCCCAACAGCUGGCCGGCUCUGCUGGCAUGCAAACAGGGGGGCGGAUCAGCCCCCAUGCGGUGGGUGAAUUUUAGGCUGCCGCAUCCGGAGCGCCUCUCGUCCCCCACCUCCUCUUCCUCCACCUCUUCCUCCUCCUCCCCCGUCUCGGCCAAAUCCAUGCGGUUUAUUUGGAACAACAUUUUCAGCAAAGGAUCGCAUAUGCUGCAGUGUCUUUGUGGCAGGAGCCUCAAGAAAAACAAGAACCCAACUGAACCACAGCUGAAGGGCAUAGUGACCAGGUUGUUCUGCAGGCAGGGCUUCUAUCUCCAGAUGGGCCAGGAUGGAAGUCUGGACGGGACCAAAGACGACAGCACCAACUCCUCUCUGUUUAACUUAAUUCCUGUGGGUCUGAGAGUCGUGGCCAUCCAAUCAGUCAAGACUGGCCUCUACAUCGCCAUGAACGGAGAGGGUCACCUCUACUCAUCGGAACUGUUUACAGCGGAGUGUAAGUUUAAGGAGUCGGUGUUCGAGAACUACUAUGUGAUCUACAGCUCUAUGCUCUACAGACAGAAGGAGUCGGGCCGGGCCUGGUUUCUGGGCCUCAAUAAAGAGGGACAGGCCAUGAAGGGCAACAGGGUCAAAAAGACCAAACCAGCUGCACACUUCCUGCCUAAACCUAUAGAAGUUGCGAUGUACCGAGAGCCUUCAUUGCACGAUGUAGGGGAGGCGGUGCCUAAGCUCGCCGGGGGCCCGCCUUCCAAAAGCACAACCAGCGAACCAGUGGUCAUGAACGGUGGGAAACCGGUCAGCAAACCCAGCAAGGAGGAGACAUAACCCAGCCCCCAGUUUGACCCUCUCCUGGCCAACCAGAGGCCAGGAAAAAGCCAGAGACUCGCCCCACUGCUGCGCUCUCAAUAAACAGCAACAAAAGGUAACAAAACAAACAACCGCUCAAGUUCUGACUGGUCAGCAGUGGGGCCGCACAUCCCGCCUCGCCUCUCUCCCUUUUGGAUGGAUCCAGUGUUGUGGGGCAGGGCCGGAGGGACAGAGUGCUGCGGCCGGUGGCGGGUGAAGAGGAUGAUGAAGACAGGAAAGUCGGGCCGAUGCCAGCCAGAUAUUUUGGAACUGGGACAGUGGCAUGCGCUCAUACGGGAAACAAAAUGACUUCAUAAAAAUAUAAACAAAACAAAGAAAAAAUGGAAAAAAAUGUCGUCUUCACCGGUAUUUUUCUGUGACAAUCUGUAAGAAUGAGGCCCCCUUUUUUCCUCCCCUUAGUACCGUUUUCUGUUGCCAGGUAUGCUUGCUUGCUGGUGGCUACAGACACACACGUACACAACUCCCACUCAAAAUCGACCACUUCGAUUCGAUCUUUCAGACACAUCAGGCAACGAGAACACUUAAAACAGCAAACACUGAUGAUUCAGUGGGUGCUUAGUCGUCGAUCAAUUAAGAUUUUGCAUAGGACAUUAUGUACUCAGCUUACAAUGAAAACACUUGGCCCUGUGAAUUAAAUACAAGGCAAACAUGUCUUAUGACCUGUCCAUAAUUUUGAUCACACCCUAUAUAACUGUUAAAGAGUUCUUAUUUGACACCACAUAGGGUAAAGCAUGUUUCAAUGUUCAUUUAUUAUCUAUUUGUUAGGUGGUUUAUUAUUCUGCACUCACAGAGCACUAGUGAUUAUUGAGCUACAUUGUUGUACAGGCAAACAUAUUUUAGUUUUUGUCCUCUUCCGUCUCUUUACGGAUGCUCCUAUUUCCACAUCACUGACAAAAGUGUAGCUCAGGAGAGGAACUGACGUUUCAAAUGAAGAGUUUUGGCAUCAAGUUGCUCGAAUUAGUGUGUGUAGCGGAGUGCUGAAACCAUAGAUUCCCUGUUUGUAGCAACAUGGAGUGUACAGGAGGCAUGCUGGUGUCCACGCAGCAUGGUAGCAGUCAGUGUUUACAUGGAGUAGCAGAUAUUGUAGACUGAGGUUUAACAGAGGGAGGGUCAAACCUCAAUGGUCAGAUGGUGUUCUCAGUUUUUAUUUCUGUUGCCUUCCCAAGUACUUGAAAUUAAAGGUAGGAAUGAGGGUUAUAGUGAACAGGGUAAAUUAUGUUAAAGCCACUAUGUGUAGAAUUUACUGCCCAGUGGUACUUUCAAAAAAGACGGCAAUGCGUUAGACGGCAAUGCGAGCCACUACCCUCAACCAGAUCAGACCCCGACCCAAGGAACUUCCCAGGUCCACUUAGUUCCUAGACCCAGUCUAAUCGGUAAAGGUAAGGUCCCGUGGCAGCUGCAAGUGUCAUCAGCAAAAUGUACUUAACGUAUCAAAAGUACUCAUUCUGCAGAAAAGGGAUACAUCUUUCCCUGUUAGAUUUCUAAUACUGACACAUCAAUAUUCAGGUACCCUUUCACUGUUGUAGCUGCUCGAGGUGGAGCUAGUUUUGACUACUUUAUAUACAGUUCAAUUCUUUUGUCCAGUGGUUCCCAACCUAGGUGUAGGGCCCCUCCAAACAAAGUUAUCCUGUGCGUUUUUUGGACUUUUAUCUUUGCUGUUUUUGUGAAAUAUUGGAUAAUUUUACCUGUUUGGGCCUUAAACAGUAUUCAAAUGAAACCACAGAAGUUUAAAUCACUCAAAGUGCCAACAACUCACAGACAUCGUAAAGGGAACCACUGGUUUAAUCUUUUAAAGUGCAUUUAUAAGCUUAUCAUGGUUUUUAUGUUAAAGCCUAAUUUGCAAAGUAACUAAUAAAAAUGGUGAAACGUAAAUAGCAAAAAAUAAAUAAAUUAUUUCAUAUUAAUAUUGAAAUGUAGUGCAGUAGAAGUAUAAAGUAGCGUAAAAUGGAGAUACUAAAAAUGUUCUUGAGUAAAUACAUGAUGUGUGGUUACUUUCUACCACUGGAUGCAGAUCUGUGUGUCAAUAUGUCAGAGUGGAUCUGAGCAGGAGAAAAUUGUGUUUUUUAACAAGACGAAAACAAAAAUUACAAUUACACAUAGUGGCUUUAAAUUAGCCGGGCAUAGUGGCCUACAAAGUAAGGUUACUGGAAAAGUAUUAAAAAUGUGGUUUUCUGUAGAAAAUAGUAAAAACCACUGAAAACAAAUCGCACACACGGAAUACAGUGUUACACAAAGCUGUCGUCAAAUCAAACUACUGAAAUAUGUGUGAACUACAAAGCAGAAAAUCAAACGCCUUGAAAUGAAAUUAAACCAAAUAGACCCCCAUGCUUUGCCCGCUCACUGUGACAGUCAACAUGGCACCAAUCUGUUCUGGACUUGAAUCCUGUUCGACACCCAAUCUUUCUGUUUACUCAUUUUUCUUACACGGCAAGACUCAACGCCAAUUAACUCCUCAAAAAGUUUCUCCAGUAGUCAUAUCACUGAGGAGACAUUAAUACUGUGAUCCCACACUUCAUACUGUAUUAGUGUCACUGGCAAUGAUGCAGACACAUGCAAAUUGAGUAAAAAACAGAAACCGUGCACCUCUCUUGCUUUGAAUCCCAAUUUUGUGCAAAAUAAGCACUUUGCAUUUUAAUUUGAUCAUUGAGACGGUGUCUUUUUUGCUGAAGAUGAAUGACCUCCCCUGACGUUACCAAAACUACAAAGAAAUAACAAGACAAAGUAAAAAGAAACAAAGCCGUAUGAUUAAUCCUCGCACUUGUUCCGACAUUAAACAAGCAGCAGCCCGAAUCAGCUGCAUCCCCAGCCUUGGCAACAGGUGUGUGUCUGUGUGCACUGCUGCACACAAGUGAAGCCACUCUGUUUAAUGUUGUCCCGCUGUGUUGUACAGAGGAUACACUCCGCAGCUGAACAGACUGUGAAAAUACUAGACAGCUCACAGUGUUUCUAAUUGGCAUUUCUCAGAUUUGUUCCUCACAUACUUCUCCCCUUCUCUGAUCUCAUUAGCUGUUACUUGCCUUUGUGUCCAAAUAUGUGUGGCUGACCAGCUCACAUUACAUGAGCUCAUCUAGCCUAAUGUGCUCAUCCUUAACUACUGUUUUGAAAGAAAAACAUUUCAGACUGACAAUUACAAAACAGGAAUUCAUUAAAACCAAAAUGUAAUUUAUAUAUGUGUGGGGGAAAAAAAAGAUUCAAGAGAGAUGUUAGAAUUUUAAGUUUGUGUGUCACUAAACUGUAAUCUUGAUGCUGAAAAUCUGCGAGUACACGUGAAUUGUAUUGCUGCUGUCGGAUCAUCAGAAAAGUGUUAUUUUUGCUGGGUAGUACUGUAGAUCCUUGCUAUGUGAGUGCCUCUCAUCCCCAGCCAAGCCUGAGACGUUGAGAUCCAGGGCGGCUGUAGAUUUAUGCUAAACGCUCCCAGGUCCCAGCAGAGUUUACCCAAGAUUUACAAAAUUCUUAGUGUCGCUUGACUUCAGCUCUGUCCUGUCUUGCGUUACUUGGAGAACAAGGCGGGUUGAUGUUGAUGAGGAAGAAGUCUUUCAAACCGGUGUUGUGCUUAAGUCUCACGUCCAAGAAAUGUGGAUGUAACAUUUGUUGAGUACUUGUUGUGUGUCACACUAGGGGUUACUAAGCAAAACGGUAAAAGAAUAAACCCUGACAAUCAGGUCUGUAAACCUCCUUUUUUAUUUUUGAAUGUAUCCUGUUUCUGCCUAUGUCUAAAUAGAACCUUUCUAAGAAGCCACUUUAAUUACAGUACAGAGGAUGUUUUUGUACUUGCCGGAGCAACCAUUAGGAGAUACAAUCGGCAACAAGACUCCAGGACAGAAACUGCUACUCGCUGAAUGAUUAUUAAGCAGCUAAUUUGUCCUACAGAGAAAAAACACUGACUUAGCAGAGGAACCAAAUCUUUCUCCAUUCAGAGAGUCCCUGCUUGUUAGGUUAGCAAACGGGUUCACAUCCUGUGAAAGCGCCUGCUGGAGAUCUGUGGCACGUCCUCGAGAAUUAAUAAUGGUUGAGGCCAGAGAAAAAUGGCCUGGUUUCCUGGCUACUGACCAAAAACACCGCUACAAAAGUGUUUCCAGGCUGGUAAUCACAGUUCCUGGUUCAAACAACGAAGGCGCAAUUACUGUCAGCGUCUCCUGAGAGACUUCUCUCCACUGGUGGUUAGCCAGGUACCAAGGCUACAAUUAUGAGAUAUCUAACAGCGGGCCCAGUGCAGGAAGAGAGCAGCUGAUUUAAUUAGAAGUGAGCAAUCACGACAACCUGGGUCACUUUUAAUUUCCACACACAAGGACCACUCAUGGUCUCAUGGCAAGUACACAUGUAGCCAUCUUACUUUGUCCUGCGUGAACUGUAGCUCUGAAAUCAGAAGGCACAAAAUGGACACAAGACAUAAUAGGACAACAAAAGGCUUUAGUGACAUGACCGCUGCAGUGCAGGUGCACUUUAGAGACACAGGAACAUGUGAUAGGUAGCACUGUACUCAUGAUGUAGCUUGUCUCCCUCAGGUUUUCUUUGCCGUUUCUUUUCCCCCCAGUUUCACUUUAUUCCUCUUACAACAGGCUGCCUUAUUACAUCUGAAUCCGACAGUAAACGCGCUCUCCUCCCAGCUGUUUCUUUCUCCGAACACUCUCAUCCCACACGCACACACACACACACAGCAGACACACUCUUCAUCCUAUUUUACUUUUCAAUUAUCCUUUGAUCCCCAAUCUUCUGUUCACUAUGCUAGCUUUCGCUCUCUGCUCGUUUUGUAAUCAUGCAGCCAGAGAACUUAACUCCCACCUCGUCUUUUCUCUUCCACCUCCUCCUCCUCCUCGCUCUGUUUGGACUGUUUCCCACUUGUUGCAUGGUUUUUAAAAGAGGAAAGAUGACCGGGGCUAAUGCAUGUGGUAAUGUAGGAAAUGUGUUAUCAAAAGAAAACAAACAUUUACAGCCUAGCACCAGUAAAACUUUGCAUCUGGCUCGUUUCUGCCAUCGGUUUGCACUGGUUGAGAUGAUGCUGCCACUUUUGAUAUUUGUUCCAUUUAUACAUUCAGAAUCUUACACAUUUGGUUUCCAGUGGCAUCAGAAACAACCUACAGAGACAUAUUGCUUUUGAAGCAUUAUCCAUCAUUGCAAUAAUGGAGCAAAGGAAGAAUGAAUCAAAAUUAUUUCAUAUCGCUAACAUUGUUACACUAAUGCAUGUCGUUCUUGGAGCACUUUCGGCGGAGCAUCAAUAUUUAAUUCUGGUGGCUGAAAGCAGGAAAACCAAAAUUAUAAAACGAAAAAACAGGAACAAGUAAUUGCCUGAUAUCCUUUGCUGCUUCUUUUAACAAUGAUGGAUUGAGCUCAGGAAGUUAUUUUAGAUGCUGGUAGAUGUAGAAAUGAUUGUUAGUAACUAGCCCUGAUCAGGGACCUUCAGGCUACAUACAGUAGCGGUUUUGAAAAUACACACCAGAUGGUAGGCAAUCUUCUAAGUGACUUACAAGUUGGCAAAAAUGGUGUAAAGUAACAAAAAAUGCACAUGACUCAGACCGAAAAAAGUCUGCCAAUAGAGUGCUGCUGGGAUGAUGUAUUUCUGUAGGCCAGGCUGGAAGUUAGCAUCGUCCUGGUUCUUUCAACAAAAAGCCAAAGGGAUUUGGGAUUAUUGCAGAAAAGAAACUGUGCUGAACAGAUGUUUAUGAUACCUGCACGUUUUGUUCAACAACAUCAUCUUCACAAAUGAACACCACUUUUAUGAUUUUUUAAACGUAAAUGGGAUUGCCGGAAGUAAAAAGCUAACGUUAGGCUGUUCUGAAAUGCUCUCGUUGGGAUUUGAAGUGUUAUAAAACCGUCCCUGGUGGAAUUUCGGGGGAAAAGGUGGACUAGUGAGUGAUAAGUUGUGCUCUCCGUGCUGACGUUUAAUGUUUCUGACAACCCCUGUAUUCCCAUUUACAGCACUUGUUAGCAACCGCCUUUUGUAAUGUGACAAAACUCACAGGUCAGGUAUUUACUGAUGUAUUUUAUGUCACAGAACAAAACGUACAAAUCUUUUAAAAGUUUGUGUUAACCACAGACCUGAUUUCAGGCUUCUAACCAGAAAUCUAUUUAAAAACCCACUGAUUUUGAGACGAGGGAACCGGAGGUGCAAAACAACGGGUUUUAGGAUUCAUUCCUGCAGCACUCUAUUACUGUCAAAAUAAAGAUGGUGCAGGUUUUCUUCCUCGCUCACUGACUGGAGUGGGUGUUCUUAGUGAUGCCACCGGUGGUCAGAAACUGUAUUACAGCAACACAGGAGCUGCACUCCAGGAACAAGUGAAGCACCUUUAUGGUUUUCAUGGUUUAUAUUGACUUCAACAGUAAAGACCUUUCUUGGCCUGAUGCUUUUUUCCUACCUUUUCAUUCAUUGAAAAGCUUGUGAGUUUGUAUUUUUAACAUUAUUCCUGGUACAAAUGUUAGGAGCAGCUUUUUGACUGUUUUAUCAUUGAUAUGAGGGUCCUUGAACAGGGCUAGUGGAAUAAAGUGCACACAUAAUUACAUGUUUGCUUUUCAAAGUGAAACUGUAAGUAAGUGCAGAAAAAUGUGUCCAGAUAAAGUAAAGUAAAGAUGGUGGCGGACACAUUAAAUACAGUCAUAGACUUACCACAACCUGCUGUAUCUUGCUCGUGCAAACCACGCUAGCUAUGAGCCAAAAGCAAAAUGUCACUGGUGCUAACCUUAAAGGAAAUUACUCUGUCUGUCAGUAAAUGUACAGUUACCUUUACAUACAUAUUAUGCAAACAGAGUUUGUCUGCACUGUACAGUUUGUGUCUAAUUCAUUGUAUACACACAGAAAUCAAUGAUAUUGAAUAAAGGAUUUAUAGAAAGGAAA